AUGUUUGUAUCUGUUUGGACUGAUCGAUAUCUCAAUUUUGGAAAUCACACCACGAACAGAGUUGAGAGUCAGCAUGCCAAGUUAAAAAAAUACUUGGAGUCAUCGCAGUCAGAUUUGGAGACAUCAUUGGUUUAUAUCGACAGAGUCAUUCAGUCACAGGACACAUCCAUCAAAGCAAGUCUUGAACAAAGCAAAAUUUUGAUUCGACAUCGGUUCAACACGUCACAUUUUCAAGAAUUGCGAGGAUUUGUGUCUAUUCAUGCACUGAAUCUCAUUUUUAAUGAGUUUGAGAGGUCACGGGCUGGCGGGAUUACUUUUGAAAAUUGUGGAUGUCGAUUGCGAACAAGUUGCGGGCUUCCAUGUGCGCACGAGCAGGUAACAUAUUUUAACUGUGGUAAGCCUAUCCCACUUGAUUCGAUUGAUAUCUUUUGGAGGAAGCUCGACUUAUCAUCUUCCAUCUCUCUAACCAAUGAAGAUUUUGGUGUUGAGCAUGAGCUUCAUAUGUUUAAGGAUCAGUUCAAGAAACAAUCAAGAACUGGUAAAUUCAACAUAUUGAGAAAGUUGAGGGAGUUGAUCGCGCCAUCUACAACUUCGAUCCGUGAGCCACCCGUGCAAAUAAAUGUUCGUGGGCGUCCCACUUCAAAAAACAAAUCUCUCAUAAGAACUCUAUCUCUCAGAAAAACUAAAGCCGAGCCAAAUAAUAUUCAAUUUCAAGAACAAGCUCGGAAUAGUUGUUCAGCUGCACCAACUUCAGGUGAUAGACACUUUUACCAUCCAUAUAUGCUUCAACUUCCGGUUAUAUUCCAUCCUUUCAUCAUGCAAGUGCAAGAUGUGAAAUCUGACGGAAACUGUGGAUUUCGAGCCGUAGCUCUCUGUCUCGGUUUUAAGGAGGACGAAUGGUUCAAAAUUCGAUCCAAUUUAAUCGAAGAACUAGAGUCUCACACAAUGGAAUAUACCGAUAUGUUUGGAACUCAAGGAUGGUAUAAUGUCUAUAACAUGUUGAAUUUUUUUGCACAAGAUCGGUGUGCACCAGUUGAGCACUGGAUGACUAUGCCGGAGAUGGGUGUACUAAUUGCUUCCCGAUACAAUGUGAUACUACAUGUUUUGAGUAUGGCCGGCAGUACAACAUAUUUACCACUUCGAUCUAGCCCACCACCUUGGUACGAGCAUGUAGCAAUAACCCUUGGUUAUGUUAAUAAUAACCAUUAUGUCAAGGUAACAUUGACAGGAGGGUACCCAAUGCCUACAAUUGCUCCACAAUGGGCUUAUUUUAGAUAUGAUUGUGCAAAUGCAUGGAUGACUCCAUAUAUGAAUAGGAUUGAAAGUUACAAUGAGCAUGUACGCUCUAAUUGUACUCGGGAAAAUGUUAUAUUAGAUUGA